CAGGGCACAGAUAAAAUCUCUGCCUCCCUGGGACUGAGUGUCAAACCUGGCCAGACCCUCCUGAGCUCCAGCACCGGCCCCACUCGCCUUGGCAUGACUCAGUUCUCCAACAGUGGCCACGCCGGUGUCCCCGUGUUGGAGAAGGACCCCUACACCGGCCCUGGCCGUGGGCUGGCAACUGCCCAGCUGGGUGGUCAGACCAACCCCUUGCUGGAGAAGUUUGAGCUGGACAGUGGAGCUUUGGGGCUGGGCAGUGCCCGGCACUCGCCAGCAGAUGACCUGGACAAGAUGGAGAGCUCGUUGGUGGCCAGCGAGCUGCCCCUGCUCAUCGAGGACCUCCUGGAGCACGAGAAGAAGGAGCUGCAGAAGAAGCAGCAGAUGUCAGCCCACCUGCCCCGUGGCACCCCCCACCUCCAAGCCCCGGGGCACCCCAUGCUGCACACAGGGGCAUCUGGGCAGCCUCCCGAGGGGCAGCCACCCCGUCUGGGCACCCCUCAGGCUCCCCUCCAGCUGGGGCUGGUGGCCCGGCCACCUCUGCUGCCACCGCAGCCCCCGCGGCUCAACGCACCCCAGCAGGGCCCAGCUCUGGCCCCCCACAUGGGCAUGGGCUCUGGGCAGCCCCACGUGCUGUCGUCCCCCCAUGGGGUGCAGGUGGCCCUGGGGCAGCCACAGCAGAGCCAGCAGCAGGUGCUGGUGCAGAAGCCGAUGGGCGGGGUGCAGCCCCCCAGCCUGGGCCUGAAGCCCCCCCAGCUCGUCAUGCAGCAGCAGUUGGCCAACAGCUUCUUCCCAGACACAGCAGACCUGGACAAGUUUGCGGCUGAGGACAUCAUGGACCCCAUUGCCAAGGCCAAGAUGGUGGCACUGAAGGGCAUCAAGAAGGUGAUGGCUCAGGGCAGCAUUGGGGUGGCCCCAGGCAUGAACAGGCAACAGGUUUCCCUGCUGGCCCAGCGGCUCUCGGGGGGCCCGGCUGUCUCUGAGAUGCAGAACCACUUAUUGGCAGGGACUGGCCAGGAGCGGAGUGGCACAGACCCGACCCAGGCUCGCCCCAACCCACCCACCUUUGCACAGGGCGUCAUCAACGAGGCUGACCAGCGCCAGUACGAGGAGUGGCUGUUCCACACGCAGCAGCUGCUGCAGAUGCAGCUGAAGGUGCUGGAGGAGCAGAUCGGGGCGCACCGCAAGUCCCGCAAGGCGCUCUGUGCCAAGCAGCGCACGGCCAAGAAAGCCGGCAGGGAGUUCCCCGAGGCCGAUGCUGAGAAGCUGAAGCUGGUGACAGAGCAGCAGAGCAAGAUCCAGAAGCAGCUGGACCAGGUGCGAAAGCAGCAGAAGGAACACACCAACCUCAUGGCCGAAUACCGCAACAAGCAGCAGCAGCACCAGCACCAGGCCUCAGCUGUGAUGGCCCUGAGCCCCUCGCAGAGCCCUCGCCUCAUGUCCAAGCUCCCGGGACAGCUCCUGUCAGCACACGGAGUGCAGCAGCCCGGGGGAGCCCUGGUGGGAGCACAGGGCCUGGGGCAGCAGCCAGGGCAGCCUGGGGGGCUGCGCCUGCCCCAGGGCGGCGUGUCCAUGGCCGUGCAGCAGGGUCUGUCCUUCAUGGGGCAGCAGCCUGUAGGGAAUGCCCCCGGGCCUGGAUCCUCUGGCGCGUUUUUCAGCGGGAACCCGGCGCUGCGCGGGCUGGCGGCCGACAGCCGGCUGAUGCAGGAGCGGCAGCUGCAGAGGAUGCAGCUGGCACAGAAACUGCAGCAGCAGAACAUGCUGGGCCAGGUGUCACUGCAGCAGCAGGCAGGUGUGAUGGGACAGGCGUCGGUGCAACAGCCGGGUGUGAUGGGACAGGUGUCGCUGCAGCAGCCGGGCGUGAUGGGACAGGCGGCCAUGCAGCAGCAGGGCGUGAUGGGACAAGCAUCAAUGCAGCAGCCGGGUGUGAUGGGACAGGCAGCCAUGCAGCAAUCAGGUGUGAUGGGACAGGCAGCCAUGCAGCAAUCAGGUGUGAUGGGACAGACGUCGCUGCAGCCAUCAGGCGUCAUGGCACAAGCGUCGAUGCAGCAGCAGGGCGUGAUGGGUCAAAGCUCCAUGCAGCAGCCAGGUGUGAUGGGACAGGCGUCGCUGCAGCAGCCAGGUGUGAUGGCACAGGCGUCCAUGCAGCAGCCUGGUGUGAUGGGACAGACAUCGAUGCAGCAACAGGGUGUGAUGGGUCAGGCGUCCAUGCAACAGCCAGGUUUGAUAGGACAGAGCUCGAUGCAGCCACAGAGCAUCAUGGCACAGACGUCCAUGCAGCAAUCAGGUGUGAUGGGACAAACUUCAAUGCAACAGGCAGGCGUGCUGGCCCAGACAUCGCUGCAGCAGCCGGGCAUGAUGGGCCAGGCACCCAUGCAGCAGCCAGGUGUGCUGGGCCAGACCCCAGUGCAGCCAACAGCCGUGCCGGGCCAGCCUGGCCUGCUGGGCCAGCAGCAGCAGCAGCCCCCAGCCCCACAGCCCGGCGCAGGGGCUCAGCCCAUGGUGCCGAAGCAGCCGGGGCUGUUGGGCAGCCAGCAGAGCCUCCUGGUGCAGCAGCUCUCACCCCAGCAGCAGCCAGGCGUGCUGGGCCAUGGGCCAGGGCUGCAGCACCAGCCUGGCGUGCUGGGCCACCCCCCAGCCCAGCGCCAGGUCGUCCUGGCCCCCCACCAGCAGCGGGUGCUGGGCUCGCCCCAGCUGACACCGCAGACUCCGGGGAUGCUGAGCCACCGGCUCGUGCUAUCCCAGCAGCUGGGGCAGUCUCGGGCACUGCUGGCUCCACAGCAGCAGCAGCAGCAGAACUCGGCAGCGGCUGCCCAGCCGGGUCUCCUGGGGCUGGGCCAGGGGCAGCCCUCCUCCAUGCAGCACUUUCCGCAGCACGGGGCCGGGGGCCAGGCCCCCUCUGUGCUGCACCUGAGUCAGGGAAUGCAGCCGGCCCCGGCGGUCCUGGCUGCCAAGGAGCAGCCGGCGGGCAUGGACGGCAGCGCCCUGCACGCUGAGGGCGGUGAGAGCGGGGGGCAGCUGCACGGGGAGCAGCAGGGAGCCCUGAACCCCCCGGGGCUGGGGGAGCCCCAGGCCCCCAAGCACCAGGCUGAGCUAGGGCAGAGCCAGCAGCUCCUCUUGAGCUCCCCACAGCCGGGUGUUAUGCGGGCAGCCCCCGGGCAGCCAGGUGCCCUGCUGGCGCCAUCGCUGCAGAGCCCUGGGGCUGUCCACCCCGAGCUGUCCCAGCAGCACGGGGACACGGCUGGGGUGGCAGAGCAAGCCCUGGGCUGUGGCACAGGCCCAGCACAGGCCAUGGUGCCGGCACCGCGGCCCCCAGAGCAGCCCGGCAAGGGGGUGGCAGGGGCCCUGCCAGGGCAGCCACAGCCGCCACGGCUCCAGAGCCCCGUUCAGCACAAAGUAGGGCCAGCGUCGGGCACUGCCACUCUCCCCCCAGGUCUCCUGGGGCAGGUGGCAGGGCCGGUGAUGGGGCAGAUCCGGGCGCAGCUCCAGGGUGUCCUGGCCAAGAACCCGCAGCUGCGGCACCUGACGCCGCAGCAGCAGCAGCAGCUCCAGGCCCUCCUGGUGCAGCGGCACCAGCAGAGCCUGCUGCAGCAGAACCAGGCACUACGGACCCCCGGCCCCUUCCCCGGGCAGGCCCCGGAUUACAGCUUGCAGGCUACCCGCCAGCCUCCUCGUCCCAUGGGGUCCCUUUUCCAGCCCCGGGCAGAUGCCCCAGCAGAGGCACAGAGCGGCUCUGCCAGCGAGGCGGGGCGGGCACUGCCAGGGCAGCCUCCCCAGCAGCCCCUGGCUGAGCUGGUUCAGGCAGCUCUGGCUGCCCGUGGCCCCCAGCCCGGCCUCAUUCGCCUCCCCACGCCACCAGCCCCCUCACCCCUGGGCUGUGCCCCCCAGCACCUGGCCAGCCCCGAGCAGAGCCCCCAAGAGCCAAAGAAGACAUCACCGGGGGUCCCGGCCUUGGCCCCCAGCCCUGCAGCACCCACGGAGCCAGGGCUGGCUCCCACACCAAGCGGGGCCCUCCCUGACCCUGCACACGGCCCCUGGGACGCCGAGGCACCUGGGGUGGACCCAGCUGACCCUGCUGAGACCCGCAUCAAUGGGGCUGUGCCAGAGGGGGCUCCUGCGGCAGGUGAAGCCCCCCAGGUGUUGGUGAAGCAGGAGCCCAAGGAAGAGGCGGCGGCAGUGGCACAGUGUGAGGUGGAUGGAGAUGAGACAGCAAAACCAGAGACCAACGGGGACCCUGGGGACAGCCAAGCCAACAGCCUGCUGGCCCAGGGUGGGCGCUCCGAGGCCGGGCACCUGCUGCUGCAGAAGUUGCUGCGGGCCAAGAACGUGCAGCUCUCAGCUCAGAGCCCGGGCGAGCUCAACGGGCACGUGGAGAACCGGAGCGCUGGGACAGAGCCACGGCCACAGUCGCUGCUGCUGGGCCGGGAGGACCCCUCCAUUGCCAGGAAGCCAGCGCCCACCAAGCCUAAGCGGGUACAGAAAGGCAACGAGCGGAUGCCGGCGUCGCGCAAGAAGCUGCGCAAGGAUGAGGGGCUGCGUCCUGGCGAGGCCCUCAUGAAGCAGCUGAAGCAGGAGCUGUCGCUGCUGCCCCUGACUGAGCCAACCAUCAUGGCCAACUUCAGCCUCUUCGCGCCCUUUGGCAGCAGCCCCAUCAACGGGAAGAGCCAGCUGAGGGGCGCCUUCGGCAGCGCUGUGCUGGACAGCGUCCCUGACUACUACUCCCAGCUGCUCACCAAGAACAACCUCAGCAACCCACCCACGCCACCCUCCUCGCUGCCCCCCACACCCCCUCCCUCCGUGCAGCAGAAGAUGGUGAACGGUGUCACGGCCCCUGAAGAGCUGGGGGAGCAGCCCAAGGACGCCGACCCAGCCCGUGAGCCCCACGGCCAGAAAGAUGCACCAGCUGUGGAGGUGAAGAGCCUGGACCUGCUGGCAGCACUGCCCACCCCUCCACACAACCAGACCGAGGACGUCAGGAUGGAGAGCGACGACGAGAGCGACUCCCCCGACAGCAUCGUCCCUGCUUCGUCCCCCGAGAGCGUGCUGGGCGAGGAGCUGCUCCGCUUCCCCCUGCUCAGCGAGGCCAAGCCAGAGCUGGAGGAGCGUGUGCUGUCCCCCAUCAUCCCCAUCAUCCCCCGGGCCAGCAUCCCAGUGUUCCCCGACACAAAACCCUACGAGGUUGCAGAGCCCUUUGGGGCUCCUCCAGGCAAGGUGGGGGCAGCAGGCCCUGGAGCCCCAUGGGAGAAGGGCAAGAGCAGCGAGGUGUCCGUCAUGCUGACGGUGUCUGCGGCAGCUGCCAAGAACCUCAAUGGGGUGAUGGUGGCCAUGGCUGAGCUGCUGAGCAUGAAGAUCCCCAGCUCCUACGAGGUGCUGUUCCCCGAUGGCCCUGUGCGAGCAGCUGUGGUGGAGGCCAAGAAGGUGGAGACUGAUAUGGCCGGAAUGCUCGGAGGGAAGGAGAAGGCUCUGGCUGGGAAGGUGCCGGACAGCAGCUCGGAGUGGCUGAAGCAGUUUGAUGCGGUGCUGCCAGGGUACAGCCUCAAGGGCGAGCUGGACCUCCUGACGCUGCUCAGACAGGAGAGCCCUGCUCCUGAGAAGACCCUUCACCACUGCUACGUCAACAACGUCUCCAACCUGGACGUGCGGCAGCUCUCUGUCCUGCCCCAGGAACCCUCGCCCCCACUGUCCCCCUCUGUCCCCUCCCCAUCCAGCCCCGCUGAGCCCACCAGGGUCCCCGACCCCGAGGCGUCCCACGAGGCAGCCCCAGCCCCGUUGUCACCACUGCCACCGGCCCCCUCGCCAGCCCCCCAGGAGGAAGGGGCCACGGCCGUCCACUCCCCUCCCCGCUUCAAGCCGCGCUCGCGGCCUCUGGAGGACGGGGACGAGGCGAGGCCGCGGCUGAAGAAGUGGAAGGGGGUGCGCUGGAAACGGCUGCGCUUCCUCGUCACCAUCCAGAAAGGGGGAGCCAAGCGCGACGGGGACAAGGAGAUCGCCGAGUUCAUCGACAAGCUGGGCACCACGCUGCGCCCCGAGAAGGUGCCGCAGGACAUGCGCAAGUGCUGCUUCUGUCACGAGGAGGGCGACGGCGCCACGGACGGGCCGGCCCGCCUGCUCAACCUUGACCUCGACCUCUGGGUCCACCUGAACUGCGCCCUGUGGUCCACGGAGGUGUACGAGACUCAGGGAGGGGCCCUGAUCAACGUGGAGGUGGCUCUGCACCGCGGGCUGCUCACCAAGUGCUCCCUGUGCCAGAAAACCGGCGCCACCAACAGCUGCAACCGCAUCCGCUGCCCCAGCGUGUACCACUUCGCCUGCGCCAUCCGCGCCAAGUGCAUGUUCUUCAAGGACAAGACCAUGCUGUGUCCCCUGCACAAGCUGAAGGGGCCCUGCGAGCAGGAGCUCAGCAGCUUCACCGUGUUCCGCCGCGUCUACAUCGAGCGGGACGAGGUGAAGCAGAUCGCCAGCAUCAUCCAGCGCGGCGAGCGGCUCCACAUGUUCCGCGUGGGCGGCUUGGUCUUCCACGCCAUCGGGCAGCUGCUGCCCCACCAGAUGGCCGAUUUCCACAGCGUCACGGCGCUCUACCCCGUGGGCUACGAGGCCACGCGCAUCUACUGGAGCCUGCGGACCAACAACCGCCGCUGCUGCUACCGCUGCACCAUCUGCGAGAACAACGGGCGCCCCGAGUUCGUCGUGCAGGUCAUCGAGCAAGGCUUGGAGGAUCUUGUCUUCUCUGACUCCUCGCCACAAGCUGUGUGGAACCGGAUCAUCGAGCCAGUGGCGAUGAUGAGGAAGGAGGCCGACAUGCUGCGACUCUUCCCCGAGUACCUGAAGGGCGAGGAGCUCUUCGGCCUCACGGUGCACGCGGUGCUGCGCAUCGCCGAGUCGCUGCCGGGUGUGGAGAGCUGCCAGAAUUACCUGUUCCGCUAUGGGCGCCAUCCUUUGAUGGAGCUGCCCUUGAUGAUCAAUCCCACCGGCUGCGCCCGCUCCGAGCCCAAGAUCCUCACCCACUACAAGCGGCCCCACACCCUGAACAGCACAAGCAUGUCCAAGGCCUACCAGAGCACGUUCACGGGCGAGACCAACACGCCCUACAGCAAACAGUUUGUGCACUCCAAGUCCUCCCAGUACCGGCGCCUGAAGACGGAGUGGAAGAACAACGUGUACCUGGCGCGGUCCCGCAUCCAGGGGCUGGGGCUCUACGCGGCCAAGGACAUCGAGAAGCACACGAUGGUCAUCGAGUACAUCGGCACCAUCAUCCGCAACGAGGUGGCCAACAGGCGGGAGAAGAUCUAUGAGGAGCAGAACCGCGGCAUUUACAUGUUCCGCAUCAACAACGAGCACGUCAUUGACGCCACGCUGACGGGGGGCCCGGCCAGGUACAUCAACCACUCGUGUGCCCCGAACUGCGUGGCCGAAGUCGUGACCUUCGACAAGGAGGACAAGAUCAUCAUCAUCUCCAGCCGGCGCAUCCCCAAGGGGGAGGAGCUCACCUACGACUACCAGUUCGACUUCGAGGACGAUCAGCACAAGAUCCCCUGCCACUGUGGAGCUUGGAAUUGCAGGAAGUGGAUGAACUGACUGGGAAAAAAGGGGGCUGGGGGCUGCCACCCCCGCCCCAGAGACCUGGCCGAGCCCCCCAGGGCUGCAGGAGGUGCCAGGGGCGGCCGGGCACGGAGGGAGAGCGGCGGCUGCAGCGCUGCCGGCCCUGCCCGAGCGGGACGGACGGACAGACAGAUGAACUGGCAACUCAGGGUUUUCUUUGCUUCGUCCUGCGAGGAGGAAAAAAAGGAGUGGGGGGGGGGCUCAGAGACGCCCCCUUCACCACCACCCCCUGCCUGCCUCCCUCACGGGAGAGCCACGGAUGGGGAAACAGCGCCGGGCCCAGCGUGGCCGGAGCGAUUGUGCGGAGCCGGUCUGGAUAUAACGAUUAUUUUAUUUUAUUUUAUUUUAUUGGUUUUUCCUUUUUUUUUUUUUUUUUUUGUCCUUUUUUUUUUUUUUUUUUUUUUC